GUCUCGUCCUGCCCAGACUGAGUAGCCAAGAAUUUGUGAUCACCAUGGCAACGCUGACGGAGCUCAACAACAGCGACCCAUCCGUUACUCUUUCCAACAUUUUUCCGAUCAAAAUCGUGUUGCCGGGCGUCGCCGUCCUCUCCAUCCUUUUCCUCAUCGUCCUCAUGAUCUACUUCCGCGUCAAGAAUCAAAGCGAUCCCAUUUCCUCCUCCCGCGUCGCCCUCGACACCGCCAUCCUCAACGCCCUCCCUAUCACCGUCUUCAGCUCCACCGAGUCAGAGUGCGCCAUCUGCCUCGCCGACCUCGCCGACGGAGAGCUCGGCCGCCUUCUUCCUCAAUGCAACCACGGAUUUCACCAAAGCUGCAUCGACAAAUGGUUUCUCGUCAAUUCCACCUGUCCCACCUGCCGGAGCCCCGUUGAUCCUCCGCAAAAGCUUCCGGCGUCCUAUUACGGUACCAAGUCGGUGACUUUAGUUAUGGAAGCGGAGAAUACGGAUAUAAAAGAGGGAACUUUGCAGCCGAAGGCAAGCUCGACAACGGCGGAGGUGGAAAUCUCUGCUUCGGAACAUAGAACAGAAGAGAUAAGGUCGCCGGCUAUGGGGAGUUUGGGAUGGCUGAGAAGGAUGGUGAGCUCUGCCUGUAGCUCAAGAGUAUGGGAUGUCGAGCAGGGGCAAGGUGGUGUUGCUGGCGGAAGGAAUUGAGAGUGAUUUUCGUUAAAUUACUUGCAAAUGAGAAAGAAUCGUGCUAGUGAUCGAGAUUUGCUUGUUUAGUGGUUAAUUCUGGGUUUAAUAAUUGUAAUAGAAAGAAAGUCCAAUAUGUAAUUCAUCUCGGGGACUAUUAUCCAUCAAAAUAAUCAAAUGAACAAAUUUCUUU